UUCUUGAUCUCUUUGCUAGUCUCUUUCUAACUGUCUGACCUCGCAAUGGUUACUAAAAUGUUAAAUUGUGUUGAGCGGUUUAUUGAUUAGUUGUUCAUUGCUAGGUUAACUUUGGCCAAAUCAAACUGAAAACGAGUUUAUUUUGUAUUUUAUUUUCCUUUAUUUCUCCAUAAGUUCUGAUGUAACUAAGUUCAAUUAAUUUUUUAUCAAUAUUCUACCUAAUUUUCUGUUCUAUUACCACCUCAUCAACAUCAUUAUUCUCUCCAUUUAAUACAUUUUUCGAUUGACCAUUUUGUGUCAUCGAUUGAAAAUGGAUUCCAUGUUUUGUAAGCCUGAUAAUUGGACAUGGAGUUGUAAAGCAAGAUCUAAAGAGGUUAGAAUAUUUGGUAAAGAAAGGCGUAGAAUCAUAUUUCAUCCUCAUUGGAGUAAUGGAACUGCUGGAGUCAGAGGUAAUAGAGUUCUUAAUAGUGGCAGACAAGAAUGCAUCUAUUGGGAGGUUCGUUUACCAGAUCGAGUUUUUGGAACCAGUAUGAUGUUUGGAAUAGGAACUGCGCGAAGUCGUCUUCAAGCAAGCAUAUUUACAAACUUAAUUGGUGAAGAUGACCAAUCAUGGGGACUUUCACAUAAAGGAUUAAUUUGGCAUAAUGGUGUGUCAACUAAAUUUUGUAGACCAUUCCGUGAAAAUAUAAAAACAACUAUUGGAUUACUGUACGAUUCUUGUCAAGGAACAUUGACAUAUUAUAAAGACGGAGUGAAAUUAGGAGUCGCUUUUAGAGGGCUUAAUCAAGUCUCUUGUCCACUAUAUCCCUUAGUAACGUCUACUGCCGCCAAAACCGUAAUGAUUCUGUGUAAUCUCAAAGUGGCCUAUUAUUGUUCAACACUUAAGGAAAGAUGUCGAUUUGUCAUUUUAAAAAGUUUAUCCAAAUCACAAGACAUUGCUCAAUUACCGUUACCAAUUCAAUUACGUGAAUACCUUAAUCACCAGUCGGAAUUAAAUAAUAAUGUUAAUAAUAAUAAUGUUCACACUGACAAUCAAUCACCUUUAAUUGAGCCAGAACUUAAUGACGUGGACAUGGAUGAACCAAGGCAUUUGCGUGAAAUAAAUGAAAACAUUUUGAUCAGAAUUUAUCCAAUGCCUGACCAAUGGUCUCCUUCGCAAUUACAAGAUCACCGGUUAGUUAUCAAUUAAUAUCAUCAUCUAUAUUAAAACCAUCAAUUCUACACUCAUCAUUGGAAAAGAUAAUUUCCACCAUGACAAAGCUACAAACCAAAGUAUUCAAAGUCUAAUUCAAACCCAUGUUGCGUGAAAACGACCAAAUGGGAUUCAUCAUUGACUUCAACCAUUCCCGAUAUCAUUUCUUGUAAUUUGUUAGUAAUCUUAUAAUUAUUCUUUCAUAAUCAAAUUGUCACAAAGUGAAGUGUACAAUGCAACUUAAAUUUCUACUGAUCAACUACCGACCCCCCAAAUUGUACUCCUUUUUAAUUUAUUUUUAGUUAUUCGUCAAUUACCCUACCAUUCAUCAACAACGUGAUUUUACAAUUGUGAAAGAAAGAAAAAAGAUUUCCCUUUAUCAUCAAAUCCAAGGGUUAAUUGUGAUUUGUUGAUAAUUUGAUAAUCUAGGUUUUUUUUCUUGGAUGAGGUGUAAUCUAGUCAAUGAAAUCAUCUCCAAUGACAAUUACCAUUGAAACAUUUGUACUAUUUUUAAUUAUUCACAACAUAAUUAAAUAACCUUAUUAUUACAUAUUAUAUUAUGUAAUCAUAAUAUAAUAAAUUGUCAAAUUAAAUACAUAAAUGAAAAUAAAAUUUGUUUCAUA